AUGUUGCACUGCUUCGCGGUCGAGCGUCUAUUUCCAUUGCCCAAUCAGCAGCAGUUUUGGAUGCUGUUACUGAAUGGCCUAGUUGGGACAGUAUUCAGCGAUGUCCUUUGGCUAUACGCAUCCAUGCUCACAAGUCCUGUAGCUGGCGCUGUAUCGCUGUCGCUUUCGAUUCCGUUCUCACUUGCGGCCGAUUCGGUAGUGCGAGCUCAACCACCAACUCGAAUGCAGAUCAUCGCAGCUAUGCCAAUCAUUGUGUCGUUUAUUGGGGCCGCCUUUUUAAAUCCCGAAACGGUGUUCGAUAGCGGCGAUAACUGCAGCGUUGCAUCAGGCGUCGGCUUGGAGGAAGCGCAAAGUUUAAUCAGUGGAAACAGCGGUGAAGAUGAAGAUAAUUGUCAUGAUAAUGAGAGUGAGGAUCGUGGUCUCUAA